AUGCCUCCUGUAGCCUACAUGCUACCAUGCACUACCGCGACGUCCACUAAUGUAACCACCCCAUUGGGGGAUAUGCUUGCAAAAGACGAUCGAAAUGCCUUACUAUACAUCGUAGUGACCCUGUUGUUCUACUCUAUGGGAAUCAUAGUCGGGAUUAUCACGUAUCUCAAACGAGAAAGGCGGGAAAUGCUAGAGGACAAGACAUUUGACGUUUAUUUUCAAAUGAAAAGUGAUCCGUACACUACGUUUAAAGCGGAACGUGUUCAAAUGGUAGCCGCUCGACUGGCUGCUCUGGAACGUGAGCGACUUGAACGGACCAUAGUCGUGCCAGAACCAAGUGGAAGCGGAGUUCAGAAAACCAGCCAAAUAGAUGGCAACAGAUCAAAUCAGGACAGUUCCGAAAACGAAUAUAGUUCGGGAACAGCUAGUGAUAAAAGCAGUCUGGUUUCGUCAAUGUCGUCUUCGGAAUCUUCCGGAAGUGACAGUGUGCAAAGCGUUCGUUUUAACACAAACUCUCCAAACGAGUCUAAAAAUAACAAAUAUGACCCGGAAGUGAAAAACAACGAAACAAUCAUCAAUGAUAAAAUUUAUGAAAAACCACCAAACUCUCAAAUUCCGACAAUUUCUCAUCAAGUUGAUGAAGAACCAGUAUUGGUAUUGUCUAGCUUAAAUACGUCAUCGAAAGCAAACAUCGAGAAUUUAAACACUCAUAAUAAACCCUUGGAAACAGGGGGCGAAACUCUUUCGAAAUCUGCUGAUGAAUGUUCGUUAAAGCUUCUGACCCUUGAUACAAUAACUAAACCCAAACUGUCUAGAUCCACCCCUGAAAUAAAGACUCAGACCCAGGGUAGUGCUGUUCCCAGGGGUCCUCUUAGCGAACCACUCCCCAUCGCCGUGGCCAAAAUCGUAGAAUCUGAACGACGCGGUGGUCUUCUGAUGUCACCGAAAGCUCUUCAUCUAUUUGAUCGCAGCAGAAAAAGACUCAAGGAUCGACAGAUGUCGAUGGACGUUCCGGAUCGCGAUUCUUCUUUAGAACUUCCAAACAGGGACAUGAUCUUUGGAAGACAGGUUUCAGUGGAUAUUCCCAGACAUCACCAACCGAACACAAGACAAUUCUCCGUGGAUAUUCCUGAUAAUUCGGUUAAGAAAAGUGCUAUUCUGAGAUCUGUAAUGUCUGACGCACAAACGUCAAGGCAACGACAACAGACUUUAGACGUUCCCGAUCAACCAGUUAGUAAAGGGCGACAACUUUCUGUUGACGGAACGGGACGUCGUGGUGCUCUCAGAGAAAGACAGCUUUCGGUUGAUGUUCCUGAUCGACAACUCAAAGGAAAUAGACAACUUUCCGUUGACGGGACAGGACGACGUGGUGCUCUCAGAGAACGACAACUUUCAGUCGAUGUUCCUGAACGAAAAACUAUAGCAAGCAGACAUCUUUCAGUGGACAUUCCCGAUCGGCAGCCGAAAAGAGGGAGGCAACUCUCUGUUGACACUUCCGGUCGACGUGGUGCUCUCAGGGAAAGACAACUGUCGUUUGAUGUGUCAGAACGUGAAAAACUACCAAAUAAAGAGAGUGACGUAGAAAAUGAAUCGUUAUUGGUCGAGGAUGAACCCAUGAUGGAUUCGAGUGACGACUCCACAUCUUGCUUAGCAAUGCAUCCUUUAAUCUGUUUUGUGAAAAAGAAAUAUAGAGAUCAAUUAUUCUAUAGCCGUGUGUUAUCAGUGCGUCACGUUACAAUGUGUGAUAUUAUGAAACGUGUUGAAAACGACAAUAAAGAGGUGUGA